AUUUUUAGCACUCAUAAAGAGAGAACGUGCGAAAAGAAGAACUUAUUUUUCACUAUUUACAGAUUAUUAGGAAAAUGGCCAAACACCUAUACCUAUACGAAGGCAGUUGCUGAGAAUGUGAUUAAGAAACAGGCUGGUGACUUGCCAAUCGGCAUCUUUCGUCCUGCCAUUGUAAUAUCAACGUAUAAAGAACCGUUGCGGGGUUGGAUCGACAAUUUAUAUGGACCGACGGGAGUUGCUGCUGGAGCUGGAACUGGAUUGUUGCGAUCAAUCCAUUGCAAUGGUUCGGUUCACGCAAAUGUGGUACCUGCCGAUUUAUCUGUUAACGCUCUAAUCGCGUGCGCGUGGGAUAUAGCGAACAUACAAAGAUCGAAUAACAAAUCGCAUUCUGACAUUCCGAUUUAUAAUUAUGUGUCUAAGGAUAAUCCGAUAACUUAUGAUGAACUGAAAGAAAUGUCAUCGAAAUAUGGUCUCGAAACUCCCUCGACUAGAGCAAUCUGGUAUUACAGCUUCAGAAACAAUAAACACAGGAUAGUUCAUCUAUUCUUUGUGUACUUUUGCCAUUUACUCCCGGCUUUGUUGGUCGACACUGCGACUGUCUGUAUGGGAAGACAACCGAGGUUACUUAAAGUUUAUAAAAAGAUACAUAAAUUUAUGGAUGUGUUAAACUAUUUUUCCACGCAAGAGUGGACGUUUACCAAUGAUCGAUUGCACGCGCUGAUGAUGAAACUCACAUCCAAAGAUAGCAAAAAUUUCUUCUGCGAUGUACGUGAUCUCGAUUGGAACGUUUACUUCGAAACGUAUAUUAGUGGGAUAAGGGUAUAUCUCAUUAAAGAUCCCUUGGACACUUUACCGCAAGCACGCGUUAAAUGGCAAAGAUUAUAUUGGAGCCAUCAAGUGCUAAAACUCAUACUGGCCUAUGCUGCUCUGAGGUUCUCCUGGAUGGUCAUAUCUACUCUUUUCAAUUUUUUCAAAGUGUGACAAAUAAAAGUAAAUAAGGAAAAUCCUGAAAUUUAGGAUAUACGUUCUAAAAACGCAAAAAUGAAAAGUGGCAUCUUGUGUUUAAUUAAAAAAAGAAGCGUCACAAAUAAGCGUGCAAUUUCAGAAAAUCUCGAGAAAAAAAAAUUGAAAGAUUAACGGGGAAUUGUCGCAUCGUAAUUCUCUGUGUUAAAAUGUGACAGAAUAUUUACGUAAUACGAAUAUAAUGUACCAGAUGUGAUAGAAACAGAAAAGAAUUUGAAUGACAACAAUUUGAUCGUAUUAUUCUAGCUUCGGAGAUCUCCGCAAAUAAACUGUAAGUAUAGAAUUAUAUGUUAUUCUAUUUUUCCAAAAUAGAUUUGUAGAUGUUAUAUCAAAAAGAAGAGUUUAACAGCUGUGCCUUAGAGCGCUUUAUUGUACUAUAUUAUAAAUAAAUUUAUUGUGGGGUUGAUAGA